CGUGUGCCAAGCCUCCCAAGCGUAAAACUCGCCAUACCGUUAAAUCUGAGGAUGGCAGUUUGGGUUCGUCUCUGGCGCCAACCACGCGCAAGCGCAGAUGCUUGGACGACGACGAGGACGAAGUCAGAGAGGGGAAGUUUGGUGCUUACAGACUAGCGGACGCCAGUGCCGUCGUCAUGGCUGUGCCCGUUCACGACCCGAAGCCGGUAGACGUCAGCAGCCGCAGGACUCAUGAUGCUGGCGGCAAUCUUCUUCGAACGAGGAGAUUCGGGGCGAUGGAACUCGAUGAUUCCUACUCCAAACGGUCCGUCAAGAUUACGAAUGAACUACCCCCAAAGAUGACUUGCGUACGAGCAUGCGAUUGGACGGACCAGCCCUGCGGGCUGUUUGUAGAAAUGAACAAAGCCCGCGUCGCACAUCACCUGUUGCAUUGGCAUGGUGUUAAAUCUACAGACACGGCUGCCUGCAAAUUCGAGGGUUGCUCGAAGUCAGAGGCAAUGAUCAAUUUGGGCCGUCACAUUGAGGGCGUCCACUAUACUACGUCCUACGAAUGCCCCUAUUGCGGCAAGCGGUGGUCAAGAUCCGAUUCUUUGGAUCGGCAUCAGCAGAAAUGCAAACCACUCCUUGAUAGUAAGGACCGCGCUACGAAGGGAUGUCGCAAGUUCAAUCUCCAAGACCCGAAGAAGUUGGUCUAUGGGUAUAUCGUUCCUGCCCGCAACGCGACAUAGUCCAGCGUACGACUUACUUUCUCCGAUUCUUCACGAAUCUCUUCUCCUUCUAUAACUCCGUCACUCGUUUCAUUCUAUCGUACAUAUAUUUGACCAAAUCACUUCAUCUCAUCGACAUUCUUUUUGCGUUGAAUAUUCCCUCUUCUCAGUGUAUUUUCCUCUCCUCAUCAUCGCUUGGUGUAUCUUGUAUAUGUUUAUUGGAUAACCCUUAUUGCACGCUGGACGUAGCUAUCGUAUCUCAUUAUGUCGCUCGGUACAUAUUAUGUAUGCUUGCUGGAUGGAAGUUGGAU